AUGUCGAGCUCCCCAGAAUACACGGACCCUGAGAAGGGUAUUGAGCCGACCAUAUCUCGACAAUCAAAAGAUGCCGCUGGUCGAAAACAAUCCUUGACCGGCCGAAAGGCCUCGGUCGCGGAAUCUAUCAUCGCGGCUGAUUUACUUGAUGAACGAUACGCAACUACUCAGCGAGGGCUCAAAAGUCGACAUGCGCAGAUGAUUGCCUUGGGUGGAACCAUCGGAACUGGUCUUUUCGUUGGUAGUGGUUCAGUGCUCGCCAAAGGCGGCCCAGCCUUCAUUCUCGCGGCUUAUUGCACCAUGACAGUCCUGGUUUACUGCGUCGUUACAGCCAUGACCGAAGUUGCCACAUACUUGCCCGUCCACGGUGGUACAAUGUCGUACUACGGCUACCGUUAUGUUUCUCGAUCAAUGGGUUUCGCUCUUGGCUACCUCUACUGGUACGCCUUGGGUAUCUUAGUGCCCUACGAAAUCACCGCUGCUGGCUUGGUCAUCAACUACUGGCCCAACGACGUCAAUAUCGCAGUAUGGAUGACCAUCAUGACGGUUGUGAUUGUCGCUCUCAACUUCAUGCCCGUCAAAUAUUAUGGCGAGACGGAAUUCUGGUUCGCAGGCACCAAAGUCAUUCUCAUGGUUGGACUUCUCCUUUUGUCUUUCAUUCUCUUCUGGGGUGGUGGCCCUAGCCACGACCGACUGGGUUUCCGAUACUGGAAAGAUCCAGGGGCGGCACUGCCGUUUAUAAAAACAGGAGACGCUGGACGAACCAUCUCGUUCUUCUCGACUCUCGUAUCGUCCGUCUUCCCAUUCACCUUUGCGCCCGAACUCCUGGUCGUGACCGGAGGAGAAAUGGAGUCACCCCGUCGAAACCUCCCGAUCGCCUCUCGACGCUACUUCUACCGAUUAGUCGUUUUCUAUGUCCUGGGCGUUCUCGCCAUCGGCGUCACGUGCCCUAGCAACGAUCCCAGGCUGACAGACGGCGGAGCUGGCGCCGGUUCAUCCGCAUUUGUCGUCGCCAUUGCCGACGCCGGAAUUUCGACUUUACCAUCGAUUGUCAACGCAGUGAUUCUCAUCUCCGCCUGGUCAUCUGGAAACUCGUUCCUCUACAUCUCCAGCCGUGCACUAUACUCUCUUGCAGUCCAGGGUUCCGCGCCACGAAUGUUCAAGGCCUGCAAUCGCUGGGGUGUCCCGUACGCCGCGGUGACCGCUUCAUCGCUCUUUUGCGCUCUUACCUACAUGAACGUCGCAACCAGUGGUGGCACAGUCUUCAACUGGUUUGUCAAUCUCACAAACACAUGGGGUAUGAUAUCCUGGGUCUGCUGCAUGGUCAUCUACCUACGAUUCCGCAAAGCGACCGACGUACAGGGCGUCACCCGACCAUGGACCUCGUUCAUGCAGCCCUAUGGCGCGUGGGUUGCCAUGGUGGCGUUCACGCUGCUCUGCUUGAUCAACGGGUUCACCGUCUUCUUCCCCGGACGGUUCUCCGCGGCCAACUUCUUGACCGCCUACGUCGGCAUUCCGAUUUUCUUCGUUAUGUACUUUGGCCACCGCAUCGUCUUCUGGCGCGACAAAUGGGCCUGGUCGUCCGAGGAGGUUGACCUCCAGACCGGCCUGCAGGAGAUCAUCGAGGCCGAACAGCCCGUCAAGAAGCGCAAGGGCAUCGCCAAGAUCUGCUAUAUCAUUGAGUAA